CACAUCAGCAACACCAAACAGAGUCUCAACUCAACCACCAAACAAACUCUCCACUACAUCUUUUGUACGAGUGUAUUACAUUUCACCUCACUCCUCUCCAUCAAACCGAUAGAAGUCUCUCGACUCAACAAAAAAAAAAACCCAACCCCCCAAUCAUCACUCAAAAUGUCUCCCGCCUUCGCCGCCCGCAACGCUGCUCGCUUCGCUGUUCAGCGCAGACAGUUUACUCUCCUCCACAACAUGCGCAACGUCGCCCGCUCCUUCGAGCCUCAUCCCUUCCAGAGAAUGUCGCAGACUGGUGUUCACGCCAAGCCCUACUACGGUGCCAUGAUUAAGAAGCGUGCCGUCACCGCAGCAAUGUUCUUCCCCCUUGCUUUUGGCAUCCUCGGCUGGCCCUACGCAAGCAUGUUGCUUGUCGAUGGCCGUAUGUAA